GGGGGGCGGGCAGGCAGCGGCUUUUCCGCCGGACGUGGCGUAGCGGGCCCGGUUGCCUGGGCAACGGCGGCGCUUGAGCGGGAGAAGCGAGAAGAUGGCGCUUCCCGCCCCCCGCAAGGGCGCCCGGGGGCAGCUGACGCCUGCGCAGCAGCUGGAGCGGAGGUAUCAGGAGGCCUACUUCCGGAGCAUGGCCGAGGAGGCGCACGAGAAGAAGGUGCAGCGCGUCCACCAGCUGGAGGUGAUGUGCGAGGCCGAGGACCGCGUGGAGCGCAAGCGCAUCUCCCGCCUGCUGCAGCAGGAGGAGCACGAGCGCCGCCUCGAGGAGGCCCUCCAGAGGACAGAAGAGAAUAAAAGGCUGAGAGAACUGGAGUUACAACAGGAAGAAAAUCUGGCUGCGGAGCUAGCAAAGCUAAACCACGAGAAGCUUAAAGAUGAAAAAAUGAGGCAGCAAGUGAGAGAGACCAGCAUUGAACUUCGGGAGCUGGAGAGGAAGCUGAAAUCUGCAUACAUGAACAAAGAAAGAGCCGCCCAGAUUGCAGAAAGAGAAGCUCUGAAAUACGAGCAGAUGAAAAGCGAUGCGGAGCUAGCGAGAGCCAUGAAGGAAGCCCAGGAGCGAGGCGACCUGGCCGAGAGCACGGCCGAGAGGAGGCGGGCAGAGGAGCAGGUGCUGUAUCAGCAGGAGCUGGAGAAGCAGCUGGAGGAGAACGAGCGGCGGAAGCAGGCCGCCUACGAGGAGUUCCUCCGAGACAAGCUCCUGGUCGAUGAGAUCGUGCGGAAGAUCUACGACGAAGACGAAAGGGCGAGGCAGGAAAGGCUGGAGAAGAAGAGGCUGACCCAGCGCUUCAUAGAGGAGUUUAAGAAGGACCAGGCCCUGCGGAAGAGGAGGCAGCGCGAAGAGAUGGAGGAGGAGAACCGGAAGAUCCUGGCCUUUGCCAACAUGUGGCAGCAAAGAGAGGACAAGCGGAUGUCUCAAGUGCAGGAGAACGAGGAGCGCAAGCGCCAGCUCCAGCAAAUGAUGACGGAGCACCUGGAGAAGGAGCAGCGGGAGCGAGAGGAGCUGGAGGUGGUCCGGCAGGAGCUCUCUGUGGAGGAGCAGGCGGCGGCAGACAGGAAGAAGGAACGGGAGGAGAUGGAGAAGAAGAUCCGGCAGCGCUUGGAGCUGCGGCAGUCCUACGAGGAGCAGCUGGCCCUGCGGGAGGUGCUGCAGCAGGCGCUGAGGGAGGAGGAGGCCGCCUUCCGCCAGGCCAUGCUGGCCAAGUUUGCAGAGGAUGACCGGAUCGAGCAGAUGAACGCCCAGAAGCGGCGGAUGAAGCAGCUGGAGCACCAGAGGGCCGUGCAGCAGAUGAUCGAGGAGCGGCGCAAACAGUUCUUGGCAGACAAGGAGCGUGAGCUGGAGGAGAGGCAGCUGGACGAGAGGAGGGCGGCAGCCGUGCAGGCCAUCGUGGAGGAAGAGCGCCGCAAGCUGCUGCAGGCACACGCCGUCAAGCUGCUGGGCUACCUUCCCCGGGGUGUUCUGAAAGAUGAGCAAGACGUAGACAUGCUGGGAGAAGAGUUCAGGCAAGUUUAUCAGAGAAGAAAAAAUGACGGGCUUAUGGAAGAAGGCGGAGGUGAAGCUGCUUCACAGUAACCCUAGCUUGCACUCCCUGGCAGGCGGGAGCUACGUUCAAGUCUGUGCGCAUUUCUUUCUCCAUGGUUUUGCCUAUCAGAGGGACAAUUUGUGCCAGUUUGUACUUCAUGCUCCCUUUGGAAAGGGACCUUUGGGUUUGUAUGGACCAGCAGAGGUGCCUAAAAAGAUGAGCUGGACAGAGGUCUACAUUAAAGAUGAUUCCACGAA